AUGGAAGAGCAUGCAGAUUCUGACUUAGGAAAUAUAAGAGUCAUAUGCCGUUUCCGUCCGCUCAAUGAAAAAGAAAAAGAAAUUUCGAUGCAAACAUGCAUUGAUUUUAGCUCUGACUGUAAAACUGUGACUGUACAAAGCCAUACAGAAAAUGCUGAGCCUCUGAAGUUUAAUUUUGACCAUGUUUUUGACCCUUCAUCUUCUCAAUCUUCAGUAUAUACUAGAUUAGGAUUUUUUAAGCAGCUUUCAAUUUCAUAAACUAAAAAUUUUUUCUAUAUUAGAGAUCUAUUAAAAAAUUCCAAUGGACAAUACGAGAUCUCAGCUAAGCCUAUUGUAGAAGCAGUAACCCAAGGAUUCAAUGGUACAAUUUUUGCCUAUGGCCAAACUUCAAGUGGUAAAACAUUUACCAUGUCUGGUUCUGAUGUUUCAGAUCCAGAAAUGAUGGGUAUUAUUCCGAGAAUGGUAAGCACUGUUUUUGAGUCUAUUGGAAACUCUGAAGAUUACUUGGAAUUCCAAGUUAAAGUAUCAUACUGCGAAAUAUAUACCUAAUUAAAUAUAAUUAUCAACGAUUUUAAGCAAACUUUUAUUUCGCUUCAUGCCAAAUUAUCUUGCACUUUUUAAUAGUGCGACAUUUCCUAGGGGAAAUUUGUUCAAAAUUUUUUGAUAGCGAGAGAUUUGACCCAAAAACCAUUAAAUUUCGAACAAAUGGCAUAUAUUUAAAAUUUCCAACCAAUUUUCUCCGAUGACAUAAAGACUAUUAAAAGACACGUUCAUGGACUUCACCCCUUUUUUAUUUGGAUUAAAUAGUCUAUAAAUGCAUAUAUGGAGAAAAUUAAAGACUUACUUGAACCAAACAAAAAUAAUUUAAAAAUUCAUGAAGACAGAAUAAGAGGGAUUUAUAUCUCAGGAUUAUCUGAGAAAUAUGUAAAUGAUGACCAAGAAGUAUACGAUUUAAUGAGUUUGGGGCUAGAAAAUCGAGAAGUUGGCUAUACUCAUAUGAAUGCUGGAUCAUCAAGAUCUCACUCAAUAUUUAUUAUUACAAUCGCACAAUCAAAUACGAAAGUUUUGUCAACAAAAGUAGGCAAGUUGUAUUUGGUCGACCUUGCUGGAAGUGAAAAAGUAGGAAAAACAGGAGCUGAAGGGAAAAGACUUGAGGAAGCUAAAAAUAUAAAUAAAUCUUUAACAACUCUGGGGCAAGUGAUAUCAGCUUUAACAGAUGGUAAAUCAACACAUGUUCCUUACAGGGAUUCCAAGCUGACAAGAGUUCUGCAAGAUUCUUUAGGAGGAAACUCAAAAACUACACUUAUUGUCACCUGCUCACCAUCUCCGUACAAUGAGAGUGAAACUAUAAGCACGUUAAGAUUUGGCAUCAGAGCUAAAGCUAUUAAAAAUAAGCCUAAAGUAAACCGUGAAUACACAGUUGGAGAACUCAAGAUUUUACUAUCAAAAGCUAGAGAAGAAAUCACCGAAAAGAAUAAACGAAUUUCUGAGCUUGAAAUAAAUUUGCAGCAGUCUGGACAUCAAAUUCCAGAUAAUUUAUUACCUUUCGGAUUAAAUAUUGAAGGAGACUCAUCACUCCUUAACCUCUCUAAGAUGUCUGAAUAUGAUGAGAUUUUCCACGAGCUUGAAGACAUACGGUCUCGGCUUUCAGAAGAAGUCCAAACCAACCAUUCUUUAAGCCAAGACUUAAGCCAAACUCAAGUUGACUUACUCCCCCCCCCCCUCCGUGAGCGAACAAAAAAAUUUUGUUCGCUCACGGAGGGGGGUUAAUUUUUUUUUUUUAAAAAAAAUUUAUAUAUAAAUUUUAUAAAAAAUAUUUUUUUCGAAAUUUAAAAAAAUCCUAAUUUGCAAAAAUUGGGAAGCAAAUAUUAAUUUAAUUUGCAAAAUUUAUGUUUUAAAACGCAAUUUGUUUAAAAUUAAACAGAAUUAGCUCUAGAUUUCAUUAUACUAAUUAUCACUUAUAUAUCAAAAUUUUUUUCCAUUAAAAUUUUUUUUUCUAUUAAAAACAUUUUGUUCACUCACGGAGGGUGGGUUUUUGGUCAAAAAAUGGCGAUUUUUCUAAUGGUUUUGUUCGCUCACGGAGGGGGGGGGGGGGGGUUAGAAAGCUUAAAAUCUGUAAGUGAUUAUAUGGUAAAAGAAUUAGAAAAAGCCAAUAAUUUAACAAAAACACUAAAAUCUGACAUUAAAGAAAAAGAAGAAAAAAUCUUCACAUUAAUUGACACCAAUGAGAAGCUUACAAAAAAAAACAAAGGGCUUGCCGAAAAAGAAUUUGAACUAAAACAAGAAAUUUUGGCAAAAGAGUAUGAAAUUGAUCAGCUUAAAGAAGAAAUUAAAAAAUUGCAAAAUGGAGCAAUUGAAAAAGUUAUAGAAAAAAGAAUCAAAACUGGGUGAGAAGAUCCAGACCUUGAAGAAGGAUUAGUAGAGUCUACAUGCAGCUCUGAAGACAAAAUAAAAUCGCUUUUGAGUUUAGAUGAAGAUGAAAUCCAAAGGUCAGCAACUGUAUCAGUAUUGCGCUCAUGGGAACUUUGGAAUAAUGAAAAAAAAUCGUUUGUUGCUGAGAUUCAGAAUAGAACAAAUAGCAUAAUAUCACUUAAUAGCCAACUUGAUGAAUCUAAGAAAAAAUGCAAAGAGCUAGAAGUGGCACUAAACCAAGAUGAAAGACAAAUGAGAAUUGAAAAUAAAUUUAUACAGCAUAGCUUAUGCGAACUUACCAAGAAGUUCCAUAGAGUAGCAGCUAAAAAAUCAAAAUAUAAGAUAGAAAAUGAAGCAAACGAGAAGAAAAUAAAAAGGCUGAAUGAUAGAUGUGCCGAGCUUGAAAACAAGGCGCAUCGUUAUAGAGAAAAAUUAAAAGCUUAUAAGUUUUCGAUACACCAGUUUAAUAAGCAAGCUGAGCUUUCAAGGGCGACGAUUAGUCAUAUUGGAGCUGUUUCUUAUUCAAAUAUAAGAAAAACAAUAGUCGGAGGAAGUCUUUCUAAAAGGAAUGAAUUUUAG